AUGCGGUGUCAAGUGUGGUGCGAGUUGGUGCUGUGUCUGGACCGGCAGUCAAUCUCAUUCGUCCAAUCUCACAAACCGAACGGUGUUGCAGCGUGGAAGGCUCUGGUACAACAGUACCGGAAUUUGGAGAGGCAUCGGAUACAAAAGUUGAUGACGCGGUUGACGGGCAUCAAGAAGGAGUCGAACGAGGCGAAGACGAACUACCUGAUGCGAGCAGAGGAAAUGCAGAUGGAUCUCCAUGAAGUGGGCGGACACAUGUCCGACGCGAUGAUCAAGGCGAUCGUACAGAAGGGUCUGCCGAGGGAGUACGACAACAUUGUGACGCUGCUCAACCAUGGCGAGGAGAAAGAAUACCAGGCGGUGAAGCUGGAUCUGGUAAGCUUCGCGAACAACAGGAGCGGUGGUGAGAACAAACCGAAGUGUUCAAACUGCAAGCGAUCCGAUCACACCAAUGCGGACUGCAGACAAGCAAAGGAGCCAUCGAUCAAGUGCUACAAUUGCGGGAAGCAGGGACACAUGGCGAAGGAGUGUCGAUCGACGAAGCAGAACCCGAAGCGUAGACACUGCAACAAGAUGGGUCACACCGAUGACAAGUGCUGGCAGAAGCAUGGUGGAGGAACGAGCGGUGGUAAAGGAGCAACAUCGCAACCAGCUUCAACCAGGAUCCAUUCUGGUUCAGUUUCAUGGCGGAAGACAACCGGGUUCGAGACGAGACGAUGCGGGAUUCUGAACUGA